AACGGUUCGGCCGUUCCCUCUCCUCGCGCACGAGUCGGCCCCUUCCUCCCGUUCUCCUCCACGGCUCCACACCGUGCGUCGGGCGCCGCCGCCGCCACCCAGCGUGAGCACGCAGCGACGCCGCCAUUAGCAUCGCUUACCCGUGAACACGCGGCGGUCCUCUGCCACCCCCUUCUCGAGGCCGCCCGUCUCGCGCCCCCACCAGCCGCCGCCGGCCUCGCCUCACCUCUCUCGGUCCGUCGUUGCUACGAAGGAAGAAUCCGCCGGAGGCAGGAACGAGGACCUCCUCGAGCAGCGGUUGCAGGUGAUUCGAUCCGGGUCCAUGGCGGCGGCGGCGGCGCUCGCGGUCACGGACGAGCUGGCCCUGCCGCUUCGCGCGGUGGGGUGCCUGGCGGCGGCCGCCGGGGUCUCGCGGGAGGAGGUCGUCGUCAUCACACAGUGCGCCUCGCCCGGUGGGAAGUUUCCUUUUGAUGAUGCAUCCGUUGGUGCUGUCCUGUCUGUCAUUAAAAAUGUGGAGAGCUUCGGGGAGCAGUUGGUUGCUGAAAUUAGCCGAGUGCUGAAAGCUGGUGGAAUUGUGCUGGUACAGAGCUUCACACCCUCCUCUGAUCAGAAGCUAAACAAUUAUAUCGAGCGCCAACUACUCAUGGGCGGUUUUGUUGAAGUGAACGCUUCUGCUACAAGCUCACAGGAUGGCGUGCAGUCUGUUACUAUCAAGGCAAAGAAGCCAUCUUGGAGUAUGGGUUCUUCCUUCCCCCUGAGAAAAGCAAUAAAGGCUCUUCCAAAGAUUGAAAUCGAUGACGACGAUGAACUGAUUGAUGAAGACAGCCUCUUGACCGAGGAAGACUUGAAGAAACCACAGCUUCCAGUUGCCGGAGAUUGUGAAGUGGGAGCCACAAAUAAGGCAUGCAAGAAUUGCAGUUGUGGCAGGGCUGAGGCUGAGCUGAAGAUGGAGAAGCUGGGGCUGACUGCAGAACAGAUCGAUAACCCCGUGUCAGCUUGUGGCAGUUGUGGGUUGGGCGAUGCGUUCCGUUGCAGCACUUGCCCAUACAGAGGCCUGGCACCGUUUAAGUUGGGAGAGAAGGUCACCUUGUCUGACAACUUCCUUUUGGUCGACAUAUGAUGGCGGAGAGCAGCCGCGGAUGCGAAAUGGCUUGUUCAGUUUGUUGGUUCGUUAGAAAGGAAUCUACGUUUUUCAUGGUAAAGCAUGGACGAUGGUGGUUACAGCAAAAGAAGAUAACGCGCUUGGAAUGGGGUAGCUUGUGUUAGCCUGUCGUGCCCUGCAGUCAGUUCCCAGGUUGAGGUGAGAGCGGAUCGUGAGUGCGGUUUCUAUUUGGGACGAGUACUAUACAUGUCAAGUAUGCUGCAAUGACGAUGUUUGCAUAUACUAGUAAUCUUGCACGCGCAAUUCUAUUAAAAGAGAAGUUACGUAA